AUGUUCCCUCCGUUCGACUAUUUCACGUACCUGCGGGUUCGGGACUCCAAGCGCAAGGAACGUGCUGCCCGGUUCGCUGCGCUGGGCCCCGAAUACCACGCCCCGUUCUCGGCGUUUGACAAGACGGUGGUCAAUAAGCCCAUUCAAGAGCUGGUGCAGGAGGUCCAGCAGGGCUCGCUCGCUGCGGUCGAUGUGCUCCGUACCUACGGCAAGGUCGCCGUCAAGGCCCAGGAGAAAACCAACUGCAUCACAGAGCUGUUGCUACCGGAAGCAGAGACGUGGGCGCAGUCGGAGGUGAAUCUCAAGGGUCCCUUGGCGGGCGUUCCUAUUUCGUUGAAGGAUUCUCUCCAGGUGAAGGGGUUUGACAUUACCCUCGGCUAUGCUCGUCUGGCGGGGAAGCCGUACAAGGAGGAUGGCCCGAUGGUGAGACUGUUGAAAGAUGCUGGCGCGGUCCCAUAUGCCAAGACGGCAUUGCCAAUCACCCUGCUCUCGUUCGAGUCGGCUAAUGGCCUCUGGGGACACUGUCUCAACCCUCAUGUCCCCGAAUACUCCCCCGGUGGUUCGACCGGUGGUGAGGGCGCCCUUCUAGCUCUCGGAGGCCGUAUUGGUAUCGGUUCCGAUGUGGCGGGUUCCGUUCGUGUGCCUGCCGCCUGGAGUGGAAUCUACUCCCUCCGUUGCAGCACCGGUCGUUGGCCGAAAGCUGGGGUUAACACCAGCAUGGCGGGCCAGGAGGGAAUUGCCAGCGUUUUCAGUCCCAUGGCUCGUACCCUGAAUGAUCUGUCUUACUUCACCGAGGCUCUCAUCGGUAUGCAGCCGUGGAAAUAUGACUACACCGUGCAUCCGAUUGCCUGGAGGAAGGACGAGGAAAACGAGGUCAAGGAGAGAAAGCUAAAUAUUGGUGUGAUGAGCAACGAUGGCGUCGUUCCUCCUACGCCCGCUAUCGAACGUGCUCUGGCUACCACCGUCGCCGCCCUGACCGCUGCCGGCCACACCGUCACAGAAAUCGCAACCCCAGCCACCGCAGACCCCUUUACUGGCCUCGACCUCGCCUCUCAGCUCCUGAACUCGGACGGUUGUUACACCUUCAACUCGCACCGGUACACCUUUGAGCCCUCUGACCCCGGUGCCGACCAGCUGACGCGGAUUGCCAACCUCCCCCGUCCGCUCCGCUACCUCUACUACCUGUUUGUGCGCUACAUCAAGCGCGACGCGAAGGGGGCAGCUCUGAUCCGCAACUUCUCCCUCAAGAACGGCGCCGAACAGUGGAAGCUCGUAGCCAGGCGUGAAGCCUUCCGCGCCACCUGGCACCAGUGGUGGGAUGCCAAACCCCAACAGUACGACUUCAUCCUGUGUCCCGUCAACGCUACCCCCGCCCUGCCGCACAAGGCGAUGCACGACGCCGUCUCCUCCUGCGGCUACACCUUCCUCUGGAAUCUGCUGGAUUACACCGCCGGUGUCCUGCCCGUCGGCCACGUCGACCCCGUCAAGGAUGCUCUCGUGGCUCCCUACAAGACCACCCUCAAGAAGCUGGGGUGCAACAAUACCGUCGCCCGGGGCGCCUGGAAGCACUACAAUGCACAGAAGAUGGCCGGUCUCCCCACCGCCGUCCAGGUCGUCGGCAGACGCUGGCAAGAGGAGAAGGUUCUCGGCUACAUGUCCGUCGUUGAGGAUGCCCUGGACAGAUACGCAGAGGGCGGGAAGUACACCUUGAUCGAAAUUGAUUAG